CUGCUCUCUCAGGAAGUUCUGACUUUUCCUCUCAUACAAGAGUAUUUGUUGCUCAGAGGUGGAGAGGGCAAUAAAGUGAAGGGGAAGGGAGGUAGAGAGACCGUGGGCACAGUAGACAAGCUGAAAGAGAGCGCCCACGGGAGACAGAGCUACAAAGAGAGACUGCAGAGGAGAUCUGAGUCAAGGGCAGAGACUGGAAAAACUGAGACAUAAAUAUGGAUACAUAGAGACAGAGAAGACUGAAUGUGAAAGAGACAGCCAGGUUAGGGCUAUAGACUGCCUAUCAAAAAGGAGGUGCUGAGAGACCUGGCAGAGACCGGAGACUGAGCAGCUGUUCUGACAUGAAGUCCUGGCUGGUGCUUACACUGCUAAUAGUUAGCUAUGUGGUCUAUCUUCUUCUGGGUGCAUUGGUGGUCUCCAGCAUUGAAGGUCCGUAUGAGGCAAAUUUGCGGCAGGAACUAAUAGAUCUAAAGCAGUCGUUUCUUAAAAACAGUCCAUGUGUGAACGUGACCACCUUGGAGGCCCUCCUGGAGAAGGUGAUCAAUGCCAACAAAUUUGGGAUCAAAGUGUUGUAUAAUGCAUCUAAUGAAAGCAACUGGGACUUUGCAUCCUCCCUCUUCUUCUCCAGCACAUUGCUGACCACUGUUGGUUAUGGAUAUACCACUCCUCUCACAGACUCCGGGAAGGCCUUCUGUAUUUUCUAUGCUCUGGUUGGUGUCCCAUUCACAUUGCUGCUCCUCAGUGCAGCUGUCCAACGCCUCAUGUCCAUUUGUACUUACCAGCCAAUCCACUACUUCCAACUUCGCAGAGGCUUUGACCGCAAGAAUGUCACAAAGGUUCAUCUUGUGAUCUUGGCUUUGGCAGUGCUGAUAUGUUUCCUUGUGGUGCCGUCCGCCAUAUUUAGCACCAUAGAGAGUUCUUGGACUUUCCUGGACGCGUUUUAUUUUUGUUUUAUUUCUCUUUGCACAAUUGGACUUGGUGACUACGUCCCCGGGGAGCAGGACAACCAAUGGCUCCGUCAGCUCUACAAAGUAUCUGUGGCCUUCUACCUCUUACUUGGUCUCAUGGCCAUGCUGCUCGUCCUGCAGACAUUCCACAAAGCCGCAGAUCUCCAUGGACUGACUGAUCUUUUCUACCUCCCUCACCUACAUGACCAGGAUGACCAGGAACCCAUUCUGGAGACGUCCAACUCCACUGUGAUUGACAGAGAACCUAAAAGACCACUCGCUACAGGGACCCAACCCAGCUAUUCAUCCAUCAACCGAUAACCUGGAACCUACAUUGUACCUGGCACUGAGGCAACCUCUCCUAUAGCACAUAAUGUCCUUCUGAACUCUGUGUGACCGCAAGUCAUUAUAAUAGGUUUACAUUAAGACGGUAGGGGAGAUGUGGAUUGGAUCUCUUAUUGGAGUGACCUGAGCUUGACCUAGAUUAUGUGCCUUAUUUCCAGACGUCUUUUUUUUUUUAUACUCUCACCUUUCUGUAUGUUCUAGCAGCGUCUUACACUACCCAAUAUUCUUAACAGGUAAUUUCCCUCCGACAUGCAGUUUUAUGUGCCAUGACUGAAUAGAUAGCUAAAUAUAUAUUCCAGAUGUUGGGAGAACAAUUAUGCUCGUGCCAUUGCCACCACUCAUUCAGACUGUCACAUUUUUCAUGGGGGGUCCUAAGGCCUCAUGCACAUGGCCAUAUUAUGGCUCUGCUCAAGCUUUCCUUUCAAUGGAGUUGUACUACAGGACGUAUAGAAAUUUCCAGGCUUAUGCCAUAUAUAUCUCUUGCUCUGGAGGACCUAGCAUUACAUAGAGAGCCCAUUGAUACCAGUGUCAGUUGUGUAAUACUUCAUUUCCUCUGCAGAGGAGCUGUAGGGAAAUUGGUUAAAAAAGAAGAAAACUUGGUAAAAUUCACUGUGAAAACUGUUGCCAUAGUAUGAGUGCACGUGUACUUAUUUUUUACCCCUAAAUGUCCUGUAAUGGAAGAAGCUUUUCGGCAAAAUAUAACAAAACAUUAGCACCUUCUUUUUUAAAUGAAACCAAUAAAAAGGGAAUAUAACAUAUUUUUAAUAACAUUUUAACCCCAUAGUGAUGUCGCCUUCCACAAUCUAUAAAUUUUUGUAUUUUUCCAUCGAUAUCGCCUUUUUUUUUUUUUUGUUGUGGGACAAGUUGUCAUUUUUAAUGGCAUUGUUUUGGGGUACACAUAACUUACUCAUUAACUUUUAUUAACUCUUUAGGAGUUUUUGCAUUAUAAAUUUUACGGCAUUUAUUUUUUGGGCAUCAAUAACAAUAACUUUUUUAAAUUGUAUUAUUUUAAUUUAAUAAGACUUCUUAAAACUAUGUACUAACUAGUCCUACAAGGGGACUUUAAUACGUGCUCUUUUGAUCCCUUGUAUAAUACAUUGCAUUGCUGAUGCAAUGCAAUGUAUUAUUCUGUUAGUGCUAUACUAACUUCCACCAGCGGAAUACGCUGAAGGCAGACCUGGGCCUUCCUUAGGCUGCCAUGCCAAGACAUCGGCACCACGCAAUUUCAUUUGUGGGGUGCCGACGGGAGACAGAGGGAGUCCACUCCCUCUGUAACUGUUUAGAUGCUGCAGUCACUAUUGACUGCAGCAUUUAAGGGGUUAAACAGCCCGGAACAAUGCUUCUGUCAGGCAGUUAGAGCAAAAGCCCAGCUCUCAUGUGAGAGCUGAGCCCCCGCUGUCCGCUGCACGGGAGACCCCUGCAGCGCUUAGACUGGGCCUCUGUAAAAAGGCAGCAGUCUAGCCUUAGGCCCCUUAGUGACCACCAUAAAAAGGUGUAUUGGUUGUCACUAAGGGGUUAACCUGUAUGCAGUGAGUAUUAUUGUCAGUUUGUGGGUCAGAUUAUUGUUUUGUUGCGAUAUUCCGAGAUUAUAUCUGUGUUUUGCACAAUUUCCAGGAAAUACGGUAUACCUUAUAGAUGUAUGUUGUUUUUUAUUAUCUUGAGACGGUUUGAAAAAUUCAGCAGGAAAACUAGCGCAGAAAAAACUGAGGCGAUCAAUCACAUUGCUGCUUUUCUAGCCUUCCUUAAAACAUGAGAGCUGGAAUGUGACUGAGGUAUGCCAUAGACAACAGCAUAACCUCCCAAUAUAUGAAUCUCAAAGCAGUGGGCAUUUUAAUACUUGGACAUGCAGCCCUCACAAGAUGCACCCUCUUCGUAGUCCCAUUCUUGAGACAGCACCCCCCAAAAAAUGGGAAUGCUGAGACAUGGAUAACGGCACUAUUGUUAUUUGCACAAUUACUCUGAAAUUUUAAGAGUUAUAUGCCUAUAUUGAAAGGGUUGUUUGAUUUUGAAGAUCCCAUUAGGAAAAAUGAUUUAAAGGAGUUGUCCAAGAGGAAACCAGAUGACUCAGAGGAUCGACUUGUUAUACGGAAUCGAGGAUUAUUUACUUGAUAGAUCCCACGCCAUUCUAUCCUCCCGGCAGGGCUCUGUUUUCCUUGCUGCAACAGUGACAUCAUGUCGACAACAUUUUGACCGCUGCAGCCAAUCACUUGCACUGAAGAGGCCAGUGAUUGAUUGGCUGCAGCAAUAAUAUGCAGCCAGGAAAUGAGAGCCCCACCGGGAGGACCGAAGCAGUGACGCGGGAUCUGUCAGAUAAAUAAUCAUCUACUCUUCAUUAUAGUUCGAUCACCUUCCUCUUUAAACUGGACCACCCCUUUUAUAGAGGGCAUUUAGGAGCCUUAUCUAUUAGCCCAAAAGUAGUUACAUCGUUAAUACGGUUGCAAAAAGAUCAUUAAGUUCAACCAAGGGAUAGGUCGGGAUGUGCAUCUCUCUGGAGGACCUUACGUCUGUGAAUUAUACGGAUAACCCAUUCACUGUGUAAUACCCAAUUUCUCCUGCGGUGGCGCUGCAGAGGAAUUGAAUAUUUGCUGCCCGGUUCCACCAGCAAUCACAGCUGACCAGUGCUUGUCACAGCCUCGUGAACUGCUUAGAUCUGCUUCCAAUAAGAUGACUAUGUUAAUUAUGCAGGUUACAUUUGUGUUUUUUCCCUUAAGUGAAAGAAAGUGAAUAUAUUGCUCUCCUUUAAAAGGGAAGAAAACUGUAGCGCAACCUAUAGGAGGUGACUACCAUGUAAGUCUAUGUGUUACCAAGGGUCUGAAAUUGACUUAUAUAAUAGCCUGGGUGACUUCUUUCUGUGACUCAGUGGUAAUAUAAAGCAUACUGCCCCCAGUGGCCAGUCAGAUUGCAGAUCUUAUAUUCUAUAUUUUUGUUAGAUGGAAUAAUUUCCAUGGAAUGGGGGGGGGGGGGGUCAUAGGCCUAAACUGUAAGAAAAACUGUAAAGUAAAUAGUAUUGUGAAAUGUUGAUCCUUGCAUGUAUAUACCAUGACACAAAGAUGGCUGCUGUGGACCUGGAGACAACGGAGUCAUAUCCAGGAGGCGCAGCAGAUCUGUUUUGUUUUCCCAAGACGUAAAAACAUAUAAAUCUAUGGCUGGUGACAGACAUAUUGGUGGCUAGCGAAUCAGGCAAUUUUAUUACUGCCCCCCAUGGAGAAUGGAAGACCUGCAUUCACUAAUAUGCACUAUAGUAAGGGCUAUAGGAAGGACGCCAUAACAUGUAGGCCAGUGUAUUAUUUGUAGUUUAAUUGAAACUUGAGCCAAAUGGACUCCAUAAACUGCUUCUUUCAGGUGCUGGCCUUCAAUGUUGUCUAAAUCCAUGGCCCAGCUCACCCGUCCCAUCAGUCUUCAUCCCCAAAUGUUACUUCCACCCAUGGGGCAGAUGGUAAAAUUAUCUCCUUAAAGGCUAUGUACAACUUUGGGGGCAUUUUUUUUAAUUAUUAUUAUUAUUGCUUUGCAUUCAUUUUAAGCUAAAAAUCUUUUUCAGUUGGUCUUUAUUAAAAAUUUGGAGCCCCUUUCUCUGUUCAGCUGUGAGAUUCUCUAGUAGCAGGCUCUGUAUUUUCACUGUGUUUCAGUCGUUUCUCGGGUAAUCGGCGGUGCAUUAACACCGCAAGAUCACCGCUAACAAGCAUUACCAGUAUCUAGCUCGUUAGCGAUAAUCUGUUCAAUUGUCGGCCUGUGUAAAGGGCCCUUUAGUUUUUAUGAACUUUUAGUGAUUUAGAGAUUAGGUUUAUUAGAUGACCUGCACAAAGUAACAGUACGAGUCACACCUUUGUAAUAGAACAGCUGAAUAUAUUUUAAUAAAGACCAAUUGAAAAAAUGAUUUUUAGCUCGAAAUGAGUAAAAUGCAAUCAUAAAAAAUAUUGCUCCAAAAGUUGUCCUUAGCCGGUAAAGUACUUCCAGACCAUACACAAGGCCAUGCGGGUGGAAGCGGCUAACGCUGGCCAUACCUAUAAGAUAUCUCCACCCACCAACCUCCAUACACUUGCAUGCUCGAACAGUUGCCAUUUUGCCGCAUAGUGCUCUGUUUGCUGUUUUAUAAUUGUAGAGACCAGAAGCGCUGACUAAGCUUCUACUGGUCCAUAUGUCGAUAUGCACAUGUUAACUUUUUUAUGUUGUAUUUUGUAAUGGAUGUGGGCUGAAGCUGUUCAUCAGAAGAUGAUCUGUGUCUCUUCAUUAAUUUAUUGUACACUUUGUAACAUGGAGUUUUUAACCGUUUACUUACCGUCACUGACGUCUAUGCAGUAAGUUCAAUAAAAUAUUAGUAGCUCAUUUAA